AUGAAGCCGAUGCAACCUCAACAGCCUUCUCAACUCGAUCAUCGGAAUUUGAGCGAAUAUUGGGAAAAAGGUAUGUUGUUUUAGUUAUUUUUGUUGGAAUUUUAGGUUCCUUCUACUUAGAUUCAAAAGAGAAAUUUGUAAAGAAUAUUUAUUUGGAGUAUUACAGGUUUUUAGUUAAUAAAAUUAUGGUUUGUAAGCAUUAGAAACGAUUUUGGCUAUAUUUGUGGAAGAAUAUGUCGUUUCUUUGAAAUGUUUUUAUUAAUAUGGCUUAGAAUUUAAAUAGAUUGGUUCAGAAUUAGAAGAAAGAGAGCAUUGAGAAUAUUAAUUUAGUUAACAUAACUUUUCUUGGUAUUGACAUCACGUUUAUUUUGACUUAAGUUGAACAUGGGUAAUACUAAGUGUUUAUUUGAUUGAAGAGGCUUUUUUGAAGCCAGUUGUUUAGCGAUAACUCUAUGAUUUUUGACAAAGUAAAAACAAUGAAUCAUUAAGUUAAUUACAAAAAUUCAACUUGAAAUUACUAUUUUUGUAAAAGAUAUGACCUGUUUGGUCAAGUAGUUUACAGAUAAAGGUGGAGGUUUUUCUAUUGUUUAAUAUAACUGUUGUUAAGGAGGUACUAGAGCUUUGAAACAUGGUGUAGUUUUAUGUUAUACUUUAACCUACUCAACGAUCUAUGAGACGUUUUAAGGUUAAAAUGAACUUUUAUGUUAUAGUAGAUCUACGAAGCGCUUCAUUUUUAUUUUGAGGAGUUUUAUCAAUUGAACUUUGAGAAUUGAACACCUUGAGGUUCAAAUCUCAUAAAAUUUUUAUUUUAUUUUUUUUUAGAUCGCCAAACAUUAGGCCGGCUUCGCUCAAUGGUGAUGAAGUUGAACGAAUUUGUGGAGAAAAGUUGUACUGGAAGCGAAGUAACAGUUGACGAAGUUAAAGCAAAGUUCACCAAGCUUGGAGAACGGAUUGAUAAAGAAUAUGAGUCCGUUUAUUUUAAAAUACUGUUAUAUUAACUUUAAGAUAAAGUUUGUUAAUUUGAAUUUGUAAAUUUAGGUCGAUGGAGACCACAGCGAUGAAAUUCGCAGCUUCAAGUUUAGACAAUCAUAAUCAACAAAUGAACCGACUGAAUUCGUUUCUAAUGGAAAGUCUGUGUGACACUGGAACUAAGGGGAUGUACGAGAGGGCUCAGAAGUUUACUACUAACAUGGAAACUACAAUUGUAUGUUGGUAUUAGGGAUGGCAGAUUGAAAAAUGUCAAAAUUAGUUAAUUUUUUUGAAAAUAUUGCUGUUAUUAUUGUUUUUGUCAUAACUUUUUUUAAAAUGUUGGUAUAGACGUGAAAAUUUAAUUGGUGAUACACUAUUUAUUGGUUUAAUUAAUGGUUUUAAAAUUAUUUUGAAAUUUGGCAAAAUUUGGAAGUUACAGUAGUUUUACCGUACUCUAUUUUUUGAAAAUUUUAUAGAAGUUUUUUUAAAACAAAAUGAAGUGUUAUACACGGUAUUUGGCCGAGAAUAUGAUUGCUACAAUUUUUAUAACAUUUUAAAUGUUUUUUAUUUAGAAUUACCUAAAUUACUCGCACGAGUUCAUGAAAAACACAGCACCACCUUCUUUAAGGCCCAGGCGAGUCGACGAUCGAAUUUUGCACGAUAUAAGCUUCAAGAAUCAGAAAGCGUUUGAAGAGGUAAGCUGUAUUGAAUUGCUAAAAGCUUUUUAUAUUUGACUCUGAUGAUGGACAAAAGAUGGGUUUCGACUAAAAACAUAAUUUUUUUUCAAUUUUCAGGCGUUUGACCUGUGUCUGCAAAUGAACCGUCGAAUGUGCCUGCUUUGGCUGGAAAAGAGUCAGUUCGGUGGUCUUUUGGAAGUGAAAAUUCGUCAAACCGACCGCCAAAACCGCGAGUACGUCUGCCUUCAAAAACUCCUAUUUGUCGUCUACAAUGGCAGCUUUGAGUACGUGCACAUUGUAGCACCAUUCGAGGACUACGUGUACCAAGAUGAGAGCAAAAAACGAGUGGACUUGAGUAAGGAGAGCAAGUACGAGAUCUACCGUCGCAUCACCCACCACUCCAACAUCACAUUGUCAGUGAUCCCGUCCCAGAUCGACAUGCGCAACUACAUCAUGCACACGAUGCAACAUUUCUCAAAGUCAACUCAGCUCGACGAGCCGUGUUGUCAGUGCAAGAAGAGGCUAAAAGACUUUCAACCGGUCAUUUCGGAAACACGCUUUCAGAAAAGGGCUUUUCAUGAAAGUUGUCGCUAA